AUGGAUGAUGCUGCCCUGCUUCAAAAGAGAGGUUACACCCUGGGCAACACCAUAGGAGAAGGCUCUUAUGGCAAGGUGAAAGCUGCCUACUGCAACCGCUUCAAGCGCAACGUGGCCAUCAAGAUCAUCGACAAGAAGAACAUUCCCCCUGACUUCGUGCAGAGAUUCCUCCCCAGGGAACUCAAGCUCUUGAGAUGUCUGAGCCACCCCUCCAUCAUCAGAACCUAUGAGAUCCUCGAGGUGACAUCUGGCAAAGUGUACAUUGUGAUGGAGCUGGCGGAAAAGGGAGACCUCCUGAACUACAUCAGGGAGACAGGAGCUAUGGAGGAGGAUGUUGCUUGCAUCAAGUUUCAGCAGUUGGCUUCUGCCAUCAAGUACUGCCACGACUUGGAACUCGUUCACAGGGACCUGAAAUGUGAGAACAUCCUUCUCAAUGAAGACCUCAACAUCAAGCUGUCAGACUUUGGCUUUUCUAAAUCCUUGUCUCGGGAUGAGAACGGAAACAUCAUCCUCAGCCAAACCUUCUGCGGGUCUGCCGCCUACGCAGCUCCGGAGGUGCUGGAGGGCACUCCUUACGACCCCAGGGCUGCUGAUGUCUGGAGCCUGGGUGUCAUCCUCUAUGCCAUGGUCUAUGCUUUAAUGCCCUUUGAUGAUUCCAACGUCAAGAAAAUGAUCUCCCUUCAGAAACGGCAGAGGAUUCCCUUCCCUGACCCAAAACGCCAGACCGCAGACUUUCAGGACCUCGUUUCCCGCUUGCUCCAGCCUGAUGUGUCUCAGAGGCUGUGCAUAGAUGAAGUUUUGAAACACCCGUGGCUGCAGACUCCAAAAUCCACCAUCUCUUCCCCUCUCCCGGCUGCAGAAGAGGGGGAGAGUUCCCAAAGUCCACGUGAAGGAAAGCCUGAGCACCUGCAGCAAACCAAAUCGCAUUCAGGAGGAGGAGAGAAGGGAACAGAAGGCUCUUAA